CAAAUUUCGCGAACCGAAACUCCGGCAUCUGGCAUGGCGAACGUCGCCGCCACCAACAACCAAACGGUAAUCUUGCAGCGCCCUGGUCCAAUUGCUGUUCAGGUGAAUACGUACACUAACAAGAAGAUGGCCACCACUUCGAAUGGCAAAGCGGUGGUGGUGCAACAGCCGGAGAAGAAAACCUUCGAGCAGGCUUAUCGGGAAGCAAUAGAGCGGCUCAAAGCGGCUGCUUCCGGGAAACCGGAUUCCCCCGGGCAACCCCGGCAGCAACAGCAGAUCGUCACCGCUCUGGGCAGUGGAAAGAUUCAACAGCAUCGUCAGAUAGCAGCUUCACCUGGUAAUAGUGCAACAAUAGUCAAUUCCAAUAAUCGUUUCCCUGCUGUGGAGCCUUCGACGUCGACAUACUCAUCGCCAUCGUCGUCGUCGCGAUCUGCUGAGAGCCAGUAUAAAACCACUAUCUACAACAUCAACACUAUCAACCUAGCGGGACUGCUGAAGAACCAGAGCAAUCCCAAUGAAGUUCGUUCCAAUGAUCGUGAAUCGGCAGCGGCUAGCAGACCAUCGAUUCCGAACGUAUCCUCCCAGUCCGCUGCCCGUGUUAUGGACGAAAGCAACCGGUAUCGGGAAACGUUUGCCAAUGCAUACGCAAGACAUCUGCUUGAGUUGACGCGCACUGCUGUAGAGAAGAAAACCGCUAUUUCGACACCGCAGAAUUCUUCUUCGGUUGGUCUCAAUUCCCCGUCUAGCAGUACUAGCCUGACGGUGGUAAAAACUCAAGCUAAGCCAUUCAUCGGAGGCCAGGCGUCGAGAGGGUCACCUUAUGCAUCAGCGGAGCAGCUUCCACCGAAAAAAUCGAGACCAACACCAUCAGCCUCCGCACGGAAUCCAAUGAUUCUGAAUGGGAGAGAUGGCACGGUUCCGACUUAUGCCGAGGUAGUUUCUGCGAGUGGUGGCAAAACCAAUGGCAAUGUUAUGCUCAAAAUAGAUCGGAAACCAAUGACCGGAGUUGCCCAUUCAAAUCUGCCAUCGCUAGAUGUUUUGAUGGCAGCACAUUCAAGUAAAACCAAAAUAGCUCCUCCAACAUCUCAGGACAAACAACUCUUGGAGUCACGGCUAAAACCAUCCAGCAUCCAAGUGAACCACGAGGAGCUGUAUCGGCACCUUCAGGGCAAAGCCAUGUCGACGAGUCACCCGGCAGUACAACAACGGUCGACUAGUGUCACGCCAAAACCUGUAACAUCACGACAACAAUCGGUGAUCGUAUCCAACAAACUUCCGGUGCCCAACGUUGGACACAGGCCGGAUCUCACGAUUAUCGUCAAUAAGCCAAAAAUAUCUUCCCCAGCACCUUCCGUUGUGUACGGGAAGCCUACUAUAUCGACUCCAAAAUCCACCUCAUCUACAGGCCAGAGUGUGUCUCCGGCCGCGAGUACUUCUUAUUCAAUGGGAUUGUCCACCCCUAAGCGAGAUCAGCUUCCGGUUAUGGCUGAACCGCCACCGGCUCACUCAGCUACUCCCAAGCCCCCAUAUGUAUCACCGUCUCCGGCGAUUCCCAAACAGGUGACACCUCCCGGUCCCUUACCGAACAGAGAUCCUCCCAGCUACGCCUCGAAGAGUUCAUCCAGUAUUACUCCCAAAUUCGGUAACUGUCCUUCGUCGACGCCUACUUCAGCAAAGUCAACUUUCGCAACGCCUACUUCGUCAACGCCUGCUUUGGAACGAGCUCUGAAUUUAGAUACUAAAAUAGCAACUCCGCCACCUUCCACAUCACACAAGAGCGCUGGGUACGACGGAUACGGUUUACAGAUGACGACGAGUUCAGCCCUAUACCGAAGCAGUGGAGAUCGAUCGUCGCUCCUGUACAACGCUCAGAAGCCGGUUAAAAUCGAAAAACGGGUUAACUACGAUCCCUACACCACCAGUAGGACCAGUCACGAAAGCAGUGCAUCCAAGUACCAGCAUAACGUAAUCUGGAAAGAGCAACCGGCUAUCAAAACCGAAGAUCAAUUGAAGGGUAAAGGCAGCAUUAACGAGCAGAAGCGAACACUUCUGUACCGUUCUCGUGCAGUGGAACUAUUGCAAACGGCGAACAUGCAACAGCAGAUGACUUCACAAUCCCAGAACCAGACGAAGGGACUGGGUAACAUGAUUCGAACCGGUGUAUCACCGGUCACCAGCUCCAUCCACAGUGGUGGUAGUGGUGGCACUGCUGCCGUACCGUUUACCGUGCACAAAAACCACUCCAAUCACAUGAGCCACAGUGAUCUUCUUAAGUAUCGAAUGGAACGAAAGAACUUUAUCAAGGAUAAACCCAGAAAGCCCAUUGAUCCGCUGGCCAUCAAACCGGACCCGGAUAGGCCCGAGAAACGCAAGGAACCCCCCAAACGCCUGGACUGGGCCAGGCGAAAGAAACUGAAACGUUCGACCGAGCCCUACCUGCAGAAUGGGCCGUGUUACGAGGUGGCUCCUCGGUUAUCGCGGUGCCGUGAAUGUGGCCGCUCGGCUGCAUCCCGUCUGAAGGACAGCGAUACCAUAUUCUGCCGAUUUAUAGCUUUCAGGAAACUCAAGUACAACCAAGUAGGGCACAUGGAGGUGGCCGGGUUUGCGGAUCCAACACAGGAUGCUCAAAAGGCGGACAUCAGUUUGUGGGACGCCAACCUGUCCAUGGUGCCGAUCGAUUUAUCGGUGGAAAAGUCGAAAUUCCUGCUCGGGCAGGUCGGGUACAAAUUCUGCGAACUUUUCCACCAGGAAAAGGAAGCGUACUUUGAGCACAUGUCAGAAGAUAAAACAAUUGCUUGGAAGCAAGCCGUGCAAGGGGUCCGUGAGAUGUGCGAUGUUUGUUCCACCACACUGUUCAACUACCAUUGGGUAUGCUCAACGUGUGGUUUUGUGGUGUGCAUCGAUUGCUAUAAGUAUCGUAAGUACAACAGCACCAAGAACGACACCGGCACGAGGGAUCGCGACUGUUACAUGUGGCUUCACUGCACCAAUCGGGAACCGCAUGUGCAGAACAAGCUGAUGCUUACGCAGAUCAUACCGGCCAACAGUUUGUACAAGCUGGUGCGCCAGAUGCAUGGUGUCUGUGCUUUGCUUGAGAUCCCGUUGAAUUGCGAAUGUCCUCUCAGUAAGGAAUCGCUGUUUAGAAAAAUUAAGGACAGGUUGGAAUUUAUUUUUCCUAUCACAAUCGAAGUGGAGAGAAAGUCUGAUGAAACUGAUAAGGGAUCGGAGGGCGACGCGAACCAAAGUCUGGUUCCUGCUUGCUCUAGUACGACAAAGAUGGUUUCCAUUACCAUCAAGGACAUACAAAGCACAUUGAGUGAAUCCGACAGCGGAACAGUUUGCUGUAAGGUUAUAUUUGGCAGGGAACUAAGCGGGGAUAAAAACCCGGAAAUUGAAAAGUUAAAACUAAGAGAGAAGCAAAGUUACACUUUUGAGGGAUUCCAAGAGGAAAUCAAGAAGGAGAGUUUAGAUGAUUUUAUUAAAAAGGACGACGAAGAGGUAGAAGAGAAAGAGGAGGGCGAAGUAAGUAUUAAAGAAGAGAAGAUUGAGGAAGAAACGAAGAAGGUUGAACCGGAAACAUCUGUUGAAUCGAAUGGCAACAAUAAAGAAGUCGAAGACAAGGAAAAUGCCGAGGUGAAACCGAGCGUUGAAGAAUUGAAGGAUCCUGAACCUGUUGGUGAUAUAAAGAAGGUCGAGAAUGCAGAUCCACUGGAAAGUGUUGAAAAGGAUAUCAAACAAGAAAAGAACAGCGAUGAUCCUGCAGUGAAGCCAGUACUCAGAAAAGACUCCAGCACAGAAUCGGAACCUCCGUACAGCGAGGACGAUCGUUUCAAAUCUUCCCCAAAACUGGACUUCAAGACGUUCAACAUGAUUGUGAAGCAGUUGCUAAAGUUCGACAAGUCCCUCAACAUUUCCGGACUGUUCGAGAACCAUCUCAGUGAGAAAUGUUCCGAGUCGGAAAGUCUGGUGGAUUUCACGGCAGAGUUCCAGCUGCAACAUUCGAACAUCCAAAGCUUCUUGAAUGACUUUUUAAGUGAAUUCGUUUUUCUGACCGGCCAGAACAGCACCGAUAAUCUGACGGAUGAUGUACAAAUUAUGGAGUAUAAUAGAUAUAUGAAAAAGGGUAUAGAAUUUCAGAACAAGGGUGAACGGGUAAUGACCUUGAAGGAAUCGGAGAAGCUGUACCCGAAUGUGGCGCACCAGUGGCUGUGCAAUGGAAGGUUGCUGCGUCUGUUGGACCCGUUGAACGAUAACAACUACAACACCUUCCAUGACCAGUGGGAACGUGGCCAACCGGUUAUGGUUUCGUAUGUUUCGGACAAGUUGGAUAUGAGUCUGUGGCGUCCGGAAUCGUUUAUCAGAGAUUUUGGAGAGAACGAGAACGAUCUGAUCAAUUGUCUGAAUGGAAAAUUGGUUCGAGGGCAGAAGAUGAAAGUAUUUUGGGAAGGUUUCGAACGGGUUGGGUUCCGUUUGAUGGACGACCGAGAUCGGCCAAUGAUGCUGAAGCUGAAGGAUUGGCCACCGGGAGAUGAUUUCGCCGAGAUGAUGCCCACCCGUUUUAGCGAUCUGAUGAAUAAUCUUCCGCUGUCCGAGUAUACCCGAAGAGAAGGUCGCCUCAAUUUGGCUAGUCGCUUGAGUAGUUUCUUCGUACGUCCUGAUCUGGGGCCGAAAAUGUACAGCGCUUACGGUUCGGCUUUACACCCAACAAAAGGUACCACCAAUCUCCACCUGGACGUUUCGGAUGCCGUCAAUGUGAUGGUAUACACGGCUGUCCCCAAGGACGUCGAGCGGACCAAGUACGUUCAGAAAGUGCUCGACGCCAUCGAUUCCGACGAAUGCGAUGUUUUCACUCGGCAGCGCAUUCGGGACAAGGCAGAUCUCCCGGGUGCAUUGUGGCACAUUUACCACGCCAAGGACGCCGACAAAAUUCGUUCGCUCCUAAACAAAAUCGAGGUGGAACGGGGUGGUAGCAUCAAGGCCAAUCACGAUCCCAUUCAUGAUCAAAAGUGGUACCUGGACGCCAAUUUGCGGCGGCGACUCCUGCAGGAGUACAACGUGGAAGGAUACUCGAUCGUGCAGUGUUCCGGCGAUGCCAUAUUCAUCCCGGCCGGAGCACCGCACCAGGUGCGGAACUUGCACAAUUGCGUCAAGGUGGCCGAGGAUUUCGUUUCCCCCGAGAAUAUCUCGUACUGCUUCAAGCUGACUAAUGAGUUCCGGCACUUGACCAACACGCACUCGAAUCACGAAGAUAAGCUACAAAUAAAGAAUAUUAUUUACCACACCGUUAAGGACGCCGUGUCAUGUUUGACCAAUCCUCUCAUAAUGACUAAAGAGAAAAUCGAUUUAGUGUAAGUGUUUUAUUUUCACUAAUAAAAGUUUUAGUUAUUCAUUCGGAGAACAAAUUAUGAUUUAAAAACCAUCAUUAAGUCGGGUUUCGUGACCGAUCGGAUUAAAUUGAAAAUGUAUUGCUUUGAUCGUGGUAUAUGAUUAUGUAAACUAGACAAAAUACUAUUUUCCCUUUCGUGAACAACAGCGAAAUAAGUUUGUAGAUCGUGUAAGCUAAUUGAGGAUAUGAAUAAAAUUUGAUUUGCCUACUUCGAACAUAA